AUGCAGCUUUUAGCCUUCAUCGCCGGUGAGUUGGUCUGGCGCAACUUUCAGUCAAUUUCUUUCACUAUCGAGAAGUGUUUGUGGCUUUCUCUGAAUAUCUUCCUUUUAAGCGAUAAAUUAGAGCUUUUUGGUGAUGCUAAAAGUAAUACAGAGAGAGGUCCAAAACAACCUAGAAAUGACAUAGAUGUUUAUCUAAGUCCAUUGAUUGAAGAUUUGAGAAUGCUUUGGGAAGGUGUUGAUGUGUUUGAUGGGUAUUCUCGUGAAUAUUUUAAGAUGUGUGCAAUGCUAUUUUGCACCAUCAAUGACUUUCCUGCAUAUGGAAACUUGUGUGGCUAUAGUGUUAAGGGACACAAAGCAUGUCCUAUAUGUGAAGAAGGAACAUGCUACCAACAAUUGAAACAUGGAAGAAAAACUGUUAAUGUUGGGCAUCGAAAAUUUCUCAAGUCUAAUCAUCCAUACCGUAAGUUGAGAAAAGCGUUUAAUGGACACCAAGAGCAUGAAAUUUCUCAAAAAGCCUUAACUGGGGAGCAAGUUUAUCAACGGGUUAAGGAUAUAAAUGUUAUCUUUGGAAAGAACCAAAAACAGACAUCUGAGAAAAAUAUAUGGAAGAAGAAGUCUGUGUUCUUUGAUCUUCCUUAUUGGUCUAGUCUAGAUGUAAGACAUUGUCUUCAUGUGAUGCAUGUAGAGAAAAAUGUGUGUGAUAGUGUAAUUGGAACACUUCUAAACAUUCAGGGGAAAACAAAGGAUGGCUUAAAUUCUCGUCUAGAUAUGGUUGAUAUGGGUAUACGACAACAAUUAGCUCCACAAUCAACAGUUAGGGAGAUUAAAUUAUGUGGUCCUGUUUAUUUGAGGUGGAUGUAUCCAUUCGAGCGUUACAUGAAGAUUUUAAAAGGAUAUGUGAAGAAUCCACACCGUCCUGAAGCAUCUAUUGUUGAAAGGUACAUAGCAGAAGAGGCUAUUUCUUUUUUUGACAUCGUGGUUCAUUUAAUUGUUCAUUUAGUUAGGGAGAUUAAAUUAUGUGGUCCUGUUUAUUUGAGGUGGAUGUAUCCAUUCGAGCAUGACAUGAAGUUUUUAAAAGGAUAUGUGAAGAAUCCACAUUGUCCUGAAGCAUCUAUUGUUGAAAGGUACAUAGCAGAAGAGGCUAUUGAGUUUUGUUCUGACUAUAUGUCAAAAGCAGAAGCCAUAGGAAUUCCUAGAACCCGUCAUGAGGGAACAUGUGUGGGUAAUGGUAUACGAGGCUUAAAACUUAAGAGCAUGGGACGAGAGGAAGUACUUCAAGCACAUUUGUAUAUAUUGAAUAACAUUGAUGAGGUUCAACCUUACCUUUCUACUCAUAAAAGCAUUGUGAAGGAAAAUUAUCCUAGAAUGAAUGAAAAAUGGUUGCUGAAUGAGCAUAACAAGACUUUCUUAAAGUGGUUUAAAGAAACCAUUUUAACCAACAAUGCAACUUCUGAUACACUAAAAUGGCUAGCAAAUGGGCCUCACUUUGAUGUCAUAACUUGGACUGGCUACGAUAUCAAUAAUUUUACAUUCUACACAAAAAGUCAAGAUGACAGUAGUACCAUACAAAAUAGUGGGGUUAUGGUCGUAGCUGAGUCCAUGCAUUUCUCUAGUUCAAAAGAUAAAAACCAUGUUACAGCAUCCAUACCUUACUUUGGGACCAUUGAAGAGAUUUGGGAUGUCGAUUUCAUUAAAUUUAAAGUGCCUGUUUUUAAAUGUAAAUGGAUUGACAUCAAUAAUAGUGUUAAAAUUGAUGAAUUUGGUUUUACAUUGGUGGACCUUGAAAAGGUAGCGUAUAAAGAUGAGCCUUUUAUUAUGGCAUCCCAAGAAAAACAAGUGUUUUAUGUUAGUGAUCCUUCUAACAAAAAAUGA